AAAGAGCAAAACAGAGCAGAGAGUCAGAAAAAAUAAAAACCCGUAUUCUUCUCCCGUCAGUCUCUCGUCUGUACUCACUCGCUAGUCCCUCCUUGUGAUCUCUGACUCUAACAAUGGCUUCUGCAACAUCACCCACCUCACUGUCUCUCCUCCCCUCCUCUACUUCCUCCACCUCUCGCAGCCGCUCAUCACUCCAAGUUGCAGCAUCUCUGUCCUCUCCUCGCCUCCAGAGUCUCGGCCUCCGAGCCCCACUUCGCAGACUCGGAUUCUCUGGUGCCGCUGUGGAGCCUCUACUUGCCCUCCACGUUGCAGCCAAAAUUCGAGCUGUGGGAACCAAUGGGAAGGGCAUUAGAGGUGUUUUUUCGAUGGCAAAGAAGAGCGUUGGAGAUCUCUCGGCUGCCGAUUUGAAGGGGAAGAAGGUUUUCGUGAGGGCUGAUUUGAAUGUUCCUUUGGAUGAUAACCAAAACAUUACUGACGACACCAGAAUUCGGGCUGCUGUCCCUACAAUUAAGCAUUUGAUCGGAAAUGGGGCUAAGGUCAUUCUCUCCAGUCAUCUGGGAAGACCAAAGGGUGUAACCCCAAAAUACAGCUUGAGUCCUCUUGUGCCUAGGCUGUCUGAGCUCCUUGGUAUCAAAGUUGAGAAGGCGGAUGAUUGUAUCGGUCCAGAGGUUGAGAAGAUGGUGGCUGCACUUCCUGAAGGUAGUGUUCUUCUUCUUGAGAACGUGAGGUUCUACAAGGAGGAGGAGAAAAAUGAGCCUGAAUUCGCAAAGAAGCUUGCGUCACUUGCAGACCUCUAUGUGAAUGAUGCAUUCGGGACUGCUCACAGAGCUCAUGCAUCAACAGAGGGAGUUACCAAAUUCUUGAAGCCUUCUGUUGCUGGCUUCCUCUUGCAGAAGGAACUUGACUAUCUUGUUGGAGCAGUUUCAAACCCAAAAAGACCAUUUGCUGCCAUAGUUGGAGGUUCGAAGGUCUCGUCCAAAAUUGGGGUGAUUGAAUCACUACUGGAGAAAUGUGAUAUUCUCCUCCUUGGUGGAGGAAUGAUCUUUACUUUCUACAAGGCACAAGGUCUUUCAGUGGGUGCAUCUCUUGUGGAGGAAGACAAGCUAGACCUUGCAACAUCACUUCUCAAGAAGGCCAAGUCAAAGGGGGUUUCUCUUUUGUUACCUAGUGAUGUGGUUAUUGCAGACAAGUUCGCUCCUGAUGCAAACAGCAAGGUUGUUCCAGCAUCUGGCAUUCCUGAUGGUUGGAUGGGAUUGGAUAUUGGACCUGAGUCAGUUAAGACAUUCAAUGAAGCCUUGGAUACCACCAAGACCGUUAUCUGGAAUGGACCUAUGGGAGUAUUUGAGUUUGACAAGUUUGCUGUUGGAACAGUGGCAGUUGCAAAGAAGCUAGCAGAGCUUAGUGGAAGGGGAGUGACUACGAUCAUAGGAGGUGGAGAUUCUGUUGCAGCAGUUGAGAAAGUGGGAGUUGCAAAUGUGAUGAGCCACAUCUCAACAGGUGGUGGUGCCAGUUUGGAAUUGUUGGAAGGCAAAGAGCUUCCUGGAGUUCUUGCUCUUGAUGAAGCCACACCUGUUGCUGUCUGAGGCAAGUCUUAUUUGUUAUUGUUUCUCCAUUGACAUGUUUUUUUGUUUUGAUUUGUACUUUGUACAACAGAAGUGGAAUGUCAUAGGAAUGUAUGAACUAAUGUUGUAGAUUGUUCGGCAUUGCUUUUAAUAAAAGGUCUCUUUGAGCUUUUGUUUUUCCA